UCUAUAACACACACGUGACACACACACACGCGCACUUUUUCUUCUUCUUUGUGCUUCCUUCCUUCAGUGCCAUACCAAAAAUUCCCAAUCACAUUGCACAAAUUGUACCCUUAAAGCAAUGUGUUUUCACAAUUCCAAUUCAACAAUGUUGAAACAACACUGAAGCUUAACAAUUAGGGUUUUGGAGAGAGAGGGGAAUGAGUGUUCACUCAUGGCACUGACUAAUGCUGCAGUGAUCGGUCCUUCUCUCUAUGGCGUUGCUCGUAUCACGAAAGUUCCAUUUCUAGGUUCAAAAGGCGAAGUUGCUUCUGGAUUUUCUGUUGGGUCCCAUUCAGGGAAAAGUGAUGUUGUACUUGAAAGAAGGAAGUUGAAAUCUGUUAAUAAUAAUAGUAACCGCAUUGUUGAAAAUGUGCAGUUGAAAUCCACUGUUGAAAUCCCAGUUUCUUGUUAUCAGCUUAUUGGCGUUCCUGAUCGUGCUGAGAAAGAUGAAAUUGUUAAGGCAGUUAUGAGUUUAAAAAAUGCAGAAAUUGACGAAGGUUACACAGUGGGUGUUGUUGCAUCUCGCCAGGAUCUUCUGAUGGAUGUUAGGGAUAAACUCCUUUUUGAGCCAGAAUAUGCUGGUAACCUGAAGGAAAAGAUUCCCCCUAAAUCUUCCCUUCGUAUUCCUUGGUCUUGGUUGCCGGGUGCUCUAUGCCUUCUUCAAGAGAUUGGAGAAUCAAAAUUUGUGCUGGACAUUGGAAGAACAAGUCUUCAGCAUCAAGAUGCGAAGCCAUAUGCAGAUGAUUUAGUUCUUUCUAUGGCAUUAGCUGAGUUGCGAAGAUUGGCUUUGAGAAGAAGAAAGUAUCUCAAGGUUUUGAAGCUCUUGCUCGUGCUCAAUGUCUUCUAAGAAGUAAACCAUCUCUUGCAAAAAUGACACUUCUAUCUCAGAUUGAAGAAUCUCUUGAAGAACUUGCACCCGCUUGCACCUUGGAGUUACUGAGCAUGCCAAAUACCCCUGAAAAUGUUGAACGAAGACGAGGAGCAAUUGCGGCUUUACGCGAAUUAGUUAGACAGGGUC